CACAGGGCCUCAGGAAAGGGGGAGCAGGAGUGCAGUUCAUGCCCACGGAGGGGGCGAGUGGGCGGAGGUUGAGUUUCCCCCCGGGGCCGCACUCGCGCUCCGGGGGCUGCGGAGGAAAGUGAGCAUCGUGCCGCUGGGAGACGUGCACCGGCGGCGCCCGGCUUCUGGUGGGAGGGGUGGGCGGCUAGGAGGCAGGAGCCCCGGUCCCCCCUGCUGCCGGCGCGGGUCCCCGCGCCCGGCUGUGGAGCGUCGCGCGCGGGGAGGGGGCGGGCUGGGGGCGGCGGCGAUCGCGGUGUUGUUCGCUCUCGCGUCGAGCACACGGCGGCUCCGGCGAGACCGGCUCCGGUGAUCCCCGUGGCCAGGUGCCUGGGCCGCGCACCGGAGCGGGUCCCAGCCCGGAGCCGGAGGCUCUCGGUGGAGCUGCGAGGGCAGCGGCGGCGGCCGCCGAAGCAUGCAGAGAGGGUAAAGGCAGGAGCCCCCCAAGGUCCCACGGUGAACUGGUACACAGGUUGAUCUCAAGAUGCCAUUGGUGAAGAGAAACAUCGAUCCGAGGCACUUGUGCCACACAGCACUGCCCAGGGGCAUUAAGAAUGAGCUGGAAUGUGUAACCAAUAUUUCCUUGGCAAAUAUAAUUAGACAACUAAGUAGCCUAAGUAAAUAUGCGGAAGAUAUAUUUGGAGAACUAUUCAAUGAAGCACACAGUUUUUCCUUCAGAGUUAACUCGCUGCAAGAACGUGUGGACCGCUUAUCUGUCAGUGUAACACAGCUUGAUCCUAAAGAAGAGGAAUUGUCUUUGCAAGAUAUAACAAUGAGAAAAGCUUUCCGAAGUUCUACAAUUCAAGAUCAGCAGCUUUUCGACCGCAAGACGUUGCCUAUUCCGUUACAGGAAACGUAUGAUGUUUGUGAACAGCCUCCGCCUCUCAAUAUCCUCACCCCAUAUAGAGAUGAUGGUAAAGAAGGUUUGAAGUUUUACACAAAUCCUUCGUAUUUCUUCGAUCUAUGGAAAGAGAAAAUGCUGCAGGAUACCGAGGAUAAGAGGAAAGAAAAGAGGAAGCAGAAGAAAAAUCUAGAUCGUCCUCAUGAACCAGAAAAAGUGCCAAGAGCACCUCAUGACAGGCGGAGAGAAUGGCAGAAGCUGGCCCAGGGUCCAGAGCUGGCUGAAGAUGAUGCUAAUCUCUUGCAGAAACACCUCGAAGUUGCUAAUGGCCCCGCCUCUCAUUUUGAAACAAGACCUCAAACAUACGUGGAUCACAUGGAUGGAUCUUACUCACUUUCUGCCUUGCCAUUUAGUCAGAUGAGUGAACUUCUGACUAGAGCAGAGGAAAGGGUGUUAGUCAGACCACAUGAGCCACCUCCGCCUCCUCCUAUGCAUGGAGCAGGAGAUGCAAAACCCAUAUCCACCUGUAUCAGUAACCUGUUAAGAUUUCUGUGUCAUCUCAGUUCUGCUACAGGUUUGAUAGAAAACCGCCCUCAGUCACCAGCUACAGGCAGGACUCCUGUGUUUGUGAGCCCCACCCCACCGCCUCCUCCACCACCUCUUCCAUCAGCCUUGUCAGCUUCUUCCUUAAGAGCUUCAAUGACUUCAACUCCUCCCCCGCCAGUCCCUCCCCCUCCGCCGCCGCCAGCCGCAGCCCUGCAAGCCCCCGCAGUGCCGCCGCCUCCAGCUCCUCUGCAGAUCGCGCCUGGUGUUCUUCACCCAGCUCCUCCUCCAAUCGCACCUCCUCUAGUUCAGCCCUCUCCACCAGUAGCUAGAGCCGCCCCAGUAUGUGACACUGUGCCCGUUCACCCACUCCCACAAGGUGAAGUCCAGGGGCUGCCUCCACCCCCACCACCACCUCCUCUGCCUCCGCCUGGCAUUCGGCCAUCAUCACCAGUCACAGUUGCCGCUCUUGCUCAUCCUCCCUCUGGGCUCCAUCCAACUCCAUCUACUGCCCCAGGCCCCCAUGUUCCAUUAAUGCCUCCAUCUCCUCCCUCACAAGUUCUACCUGCUUCUGAGCCAAAGCGUCAUCCAUCCACCCUACCUGUCAUCAGUGACGCCAGGAGUGUCCUUCUGGAAGCAAUACGAAAAGGUAUUCAGCUUCGCAAAGUCGAAGAGCAGCGUGAACAGGAGGCUAAACACGAACGCAUUGAGAACGACGUUGCCACCAUCCUAUCUCGUCGCAUUGCUGUAGAAUAUAGUGAUUCAGAAGAUGACUCAGAAUUUGACGAAGUAGAUUGGUUGGAGUAAGAGAAACGCAUUGAUAAAUAUUACAAAACUGAAUGCAGAUGUCCUUUGUGGUGCUUGUUCUUUGAAAAUGUUUGGUCAUUCCAGUGUUUCACUUUCUUUUCCUUCUGAUGAAUAACCCUUUUCCUUCAUAAUCUUUUUUAUUUCUAAGAAAAAGUAUUAGCAUACACUUCAAACUAAAUGUUUUACAGUGGCUUCUCUUUUUUUAUGUUUCCCUGAAAAGGCAUAAUUUGAUCUAAUAAACCACUAAGUAUUAAGCAUGGACAGCUGUUGUGAGAGUAGCAAAUUCUGUUUGGUUUUUUUUUUAUAUAUAUAUAUAUAUAUAUAUAUAUAUAUAUAUAUAUAUAUAUAUAUAUAUAUCUUAAUUGUGCACUUUGUGAAUUUUAAUUUAAAGAAAGCAACUGAGUUUGAAAUCUUGAAGGCAGCUGUAUCUAUUAAUGAGCCUUAUUCCGUUUCUUGAUGUUUUAAAAGAAGGAACACUGCCUUGAUUAUAUGAGUACACUCGGAAAGUACAUUUAGCUUGUAGAUUGAAUUCUCUUAAAGGAAUGCUUGAAACUUUUUUUUUAAUUAUUGUUUUAUUGUUUUGAAUACUUGCCUUAUUUGAAUGUUUAGCAGUACUCCCUUCCCACUUAUAUAUUGUGUAGUGUGGUUUUGCUUGCCUGUAAGAAUUUAAAAAGUUUCCAUGUGAAAUACUCUACAUAAACAUACAUGUAACGUAACAUAACUGUUAGGAAUAACAGUCUGAUUUAAUAAAUGGUUCAUUUUAAAGUC